UACGUACGCUCUUGCUUGCUACUAUGCUAAGCGCUAGCUGAGAAGCUACUUUCUGUAGCUCUGCUUGUUGUUGUCACCUGAGGAGACACUAACUAAACAUACCAAUCUUAACUAACUUAUCCAAGCCGUUCAUAUUCUCCGGAGCGUCUGAGUGUCCGUGUAGGGCCGUAGUCAUGGCUCUACAAGGCCCAGAGGAGCUGGGGGAGCAGGUCGAAGAGCCGGAGGAUUUGGACGACCAGGACGCUAGUAGCAUCUCCCCGGCCGAGGAGAUAACCAUGCCCAGCGGGCCUGGGGGCGACGACGAGCCGGAGGAGGCUCUCCUGCUACCCUGGGACCGCUUCUCCGCCUGGCUACACUGCAUUUGCGUUGUUGGCUUCGACCUGGAGCUGGGACAGGCAGUGGAGGUUAUCUAUCCUCAUCACUCCAAACUGUCAGAGAAAGAGAAAACAAGCAUCUGCUACCUUUCCUUUCCUGACUCCAACUCAGGUUGCCUUGGCGACACCCAGUUUUGCUUCCGAUUUCGUCAGGGUUCCAACAGGAAGUCAUCGCUUGGCGUCUUCCUUGAAACAACCGACCGGGACGCACCGCCCUGUCUGAAGAGGGAGCAGGGCCAUUACUAUGGUUACGUGUACUUCCGUCAGGUGCGAGACAAAUCCCUGAAGAGAGGAUACUUCCAGAAGUCUCUGGUCCUGAUCAGUAAGCUGCCCUACGUCACCUUCUUCCACUCGCUGCUGAAGAUCAUGGCUCCAGAAUACUUUGAGAAACAGGAACCUUGUCUGGAGGCUGCUUGUAACGACAUGGACCGCUGGCCAACACCCCAUCCUGGAAGAAUACUCACACUUCCGAUUAUGGGCGUGGUCAUCAAGGUUCGCAUCCCGACCUCUUACGACAAACCAGGAACAUCCCAGUUGGUCCAGUCCGCCCAGAGUGACAGUCAGGUGUCCAUCGUGCUCCCAACCAUCCAUGAGGUCGACCUCUUCAGAUGUUUCUACCCGGUCUUCUUCCACAUACAGAUGCUGUGGGAGUUGGUGUUGCUGGGGGAGGCCCUUGUUGUCAUGGCGCCGUCGCCUGCAGAGUCGUCGGAUACCGUGCUCGCAUUGGUCAGCUGCAUCUCUCCUCUGCGUUAUAGCAGUGACUUCCGGCCGUACUUCACCAUCCACGACAGCGAGUUUAAAGAGUACACCACGAGGACGCAGGCUCCGCCGUCAGUCAUUCUGGGAGUGACCAAUCCCUUCUUUGCUAAAACGUUGCAGCACUGGCCGCACAUCAUCCGCAUCGGAGACAUGAAGCAAGCAGGAGAGAUGGCCAAGCAGAUGAAAGUCAAGAAACUGAAGAACCUCAAAACUCUGGACUCUAAACCCGGUGUGUACACUGCAUAUAAGCCAUAUCUUAACAGAGAUGAAGACAUCAUCAAACAGCUUCAGAAGGGUGUUCAACAAAAGAGACCCUCAGCGGCCCAAAACGCAAUUCUUCGACGCUACUUCUUAGAACUGACACAAAGCUUCAUCAUUCCCCUGGAGCGGUACGUGGCGAGUCUGAUGCCGCUCCAGAAGUCCAUCAGUCCCUGGAAGAGUCCUCCUCAACUGAGAGCGUUCAUCUCGCAGGACUUCAUGAAGACGCUGGAGAAAGCUGGACCUCAGCUCACAUCCAGACUGAAAGGAGACUGGAUAGGACUCUACAGGAAUUUCCUCAAGGCUCCCAACUUUGACGGCUGGUUCCGCAACAGGAGGAGAGAGAUGACCCAGAAACUGGAGGCUCUGCACCUGGAGGCGCUGUGUGAGGAGGAUCUGCAGCAGAGAGUCCAGAUGCACUCGGAGGUGGAGACGGUAGAUCUGGUUCUGAAGCUGAAAGAUAAACUGACUCAGGCGGAGAGGGAGCAGCUCCCCGUGCGUCCGGGGACCGUGGCCAAGCUGAGGGCCCACAUUGAUGCCGUCAUCCUGGCCCUCCCAGAGGACCUGCAGGGUAUCCUCCACAAGCCCUCCACACCCUGACCCUUUCUCAGUGCUCUGCAACUAUAACCCCAGUAUGAGCUUGUUUUAAAGUUUGAGGGGUAGUGGGUCUCUUCCCAAUUGGCUCCCAGGAUCGGUGAAGGGCCCCCCAGGUUACUCUGACCGGGCCCAGUGUGAGGAUCUCAUCUGGUCUUGCAUUGAAAGCACACAGCAAGUUUUUGUUUCCUGAAAUAUACAUUCAACCUUUAGGUUUAUUUACAAAUGUUUCUCUCAAUUUGCUCCCACGGCGGCUCAGUGGGAUUCAGACUGAACCCAUCCCUCACGUCUUGGUGAUCGUGGGGCGUUCAAAUGACCAGCAGGAGGAGGCCGAGGAGCGCCAUGAAACAAGCAAUUAAAAAAGUUGAGGAGGUUUAUCGUCCUGGUGACUUUAAGUAAAGAACAGGAGCGCUUGAUUUGUCACAGAUUUGCUCUUGCAGCAUGCAGCGUAAUACCAGAGCCUCUUCUGUGUGCAGAAUGAUUUGAAGGUAGGAGCAGGAAGAUGAACCCAGCUGACCUUUGACCCUCAGCAUUUUUACCUCUUGAGGUUUUUACUUUUUUAAAUUUGACAAUAGACUGCUGCAGUCCAGUGGAAUUUACUCUUUUCAACCAUUUAAAUAUAAACAAAAGUGUUUUUUAAAGAAGUGCACUUCAUCUCUCCCUGGAGCAGUGUGCCCUUCACACACACAGACACACACACACACUUUUACAAACAAUGAGCUAAGCCAAGCAGUGCUUUAUUACAACACACACAGAGCAUUAAGCACCAGCGACCCUGUAAUAACUGUCCAUGCGGUAUAACGAUUAUUGUUUUGUGUUGUCAGCAGCCAAUCACAUCCAUGUAUACCUGUCACAUGAUCUUAUCAGAACUGUCUGAGGGAAACAUUUCAAAUGGUCCUGAGAUGUUCAGAAAUCUUGCCGUGGGCCAUUAGAUGUGUAUUUUUUGGAAAACUGAAUCCAAACUUUUAGUCUUUACAGAAACAAAAGAAAGUAUUUCGCCGGACUGUAAAACUAUAAAAUCCCAGUUUGCAAAGAAGCUUAUGAAAUGUUUGAGAUAUAAUUAUAAGACAGUUAAAUAUACUAAAUGUAAGACGCUAUGUUUAAUAUUUUGAAUUAUGAGAUGUUAAGUCCCGAUUUUGGAUUUGAAAUUGAAAACUCAGAAGUUGUAAAUAUUAAGAAAUUAAGAAAGUUUUUGUGAAAGUCAAAAUGUGUGCACACGAGUUUGUGAAGUGGGAAUUCCAGUCAAGUUGGAGAAAAAGUAAAGAACGCAUACAAAAUUCUCAAUUUCUGGAGCACAUUGCAGGCGUUAUUUUUAUUUUUAAAUAACCAAAACUAAAUAAUUCUGUCAUCAUAAAUGAAGCAUUAUUUAUUUCCAUACAUUAUUCAGAGCGUCAGGCAUCCUCCAUCUCCUAAACUUGGCUUACUUCCAGUAAGGAAACAUUCUGGAAAUUGGGGGAAUACACAACAACAAAGAAAGCAGGUUAAAAAAAGAAACCGUGACAUAUUUCUGAGUUUAGUAACCAUUAUGGAUUCUUGUGUGCAUUCAACAAACACUACAGCUAGCAUUGUUCAAACUGAGCGUUAUGAUUUGGGCUGGUGCCUUACUGUACAGGAGGGAGAGCAACACAUACUUGAUGAAUGAAUCUCACUCGAGUUCCUGUGAAGAUGUCAUGAGCUUAUUUAGCUUCAGCUCAAAGCUCAGUGAUUGUUUUUACUAACUGAAUUGACUUGCUGAAGAAACGCUUCUGACAAACACUGAUCAGGCAUCUUGAUCAGGAUCGUCUAUGUUGCCUUCAGACAAAAACUAUGGCUGAAGUGUGUUAUUUAAUUUGUAACUACACCGAUGCAUUGUUUAAACUUCAAACCUAGAAAGAGAAAGUACAAGUACCCCAACAAAUGAUUGUCUAAUAUAGGAAUAAUGAGCACUGCUGGGUCUUUUACAGCAUCAUAUUUGAAUGAAUAACUGCUUAUCAUAUUCCACUGACAUAGAAACACUUCAGACUACAUUUUUGGAUUCAGUGGUUUCAGGAAAAAAUCAAUUCAAUCAUGUUUACAGAACUAUAGCUGAACAAUGACAGGUUAAUGUUACUGGCCAUUUAUUAGAAUAAUUGAAUAAGAUCUUGCAGCUGGCUAAAUUGUACACGUCAUGGACAUUCCUGGGCACCUAACAAUGUAAAACAUUAACAAAAAGUAUCUAUAAUGAGCAAUAACAGGACAUUUAACUGAAUACGGUUAUUUGUAUUUUCAGAGUGUGAUGACAUAAGCAUUUUCUAAAACUGUAAUUAGUGGUCCCACUUGACUGCAAUUACAGUAAGUGUGUGUGCAUUUCAAAAUACCACUUGUUUCAAACAUUUUAAAUGGACUUCUUGUCAAAAAUGUGGAUUGUGUUUUUUUCCUUUAAGCCUUCAUGUAAAACAUACAGUAAAUGCUGUCUUGCAGAUAAUUGCAAAGAAAAAUAACUAAAUGAUGUGAUGGUUGAAAAAACCUGUGGCAUCUGGGCAACCAUGUAAGUUUUAUAUUUGUAAAGAAAACUUUUAUUUUAUGGAGGGCUAAUCUCAUAUUCCACAUUACUAAUUGUAGAUAAUUCAGAGUUUUGUACAUGAUGGUGUAAAGCGAAAUGGUGGCCCAGAUGUACUAUGUACAAUAAUUAUUUUGCUAUUACAACAGAUUAUAAAUAGUGAUACUCCAUACAAUUGUAAUUCACCUUUCUUGGGCUGAUAAAAACGAUUUUGAGACACCUUGACAUUCUGAAUUUGUAGUAUUUUCUAGUUAUAAGAUUUCGGCUGAGCCUAAAAUAUUGUGAUUAUAAUCCCAGAAAAAUAUCAGAAAAUUAAGCAAAAUGGUGAUUAUGAUUUACAAUAACUGAUACAGUACGUUUGAGGUUAAAACACGAGAUGACGGGCAAGAGCAAAAACACCUAAAUGAAGUAUUACAACAUUUUACCAUAUUAAAAGUAAAACUAAUUACUAAAGCACAGUUGUUUUCUUUCAGUCUUGAACUUUUCCAUUUAACAGCAAUACAUCUUUUUUUUUAAUUCCAUGGUAUAACUAUCAAAUUAUUUUUAUUGUUACAUUAAAUAAGACACUACAAAUUCAUAAUGUCAGCGUAAACUAAAUAAGAGCCCAUCAUGUUGCAUAGCUACACAUUUGACUGAAACGUCACUGUUUUUGUUUUUAUUGAAGCCACUACUACUUAACCACUAAGGACCUGAAGGACCACGGUUUUAAUAAAAGUAUUAAUAGUGUUACAUGGAAAUGUAUGAAAUUGCUCUUGUUUUCACAUGAUGGCCUACAGCUUGCUUUGUUUUGUAAGCAUAUUAAAAUAUGUAUCAGUCUUUUGUUUACUUUAUUGUAACUUGAACCUGUUCAAAUAUACUUACUGAGUAUAUUUCAGGACGUUGUUUGUUUGCUUGAUUGCUUUAUAAAGUAUUACAAUAAAAUCAAACUGGCAUUUUUUUA